UAUAGGUACAAUAACAAAAUAAACAUAGAAAUAUGAAUGGGAUUAAAUAUUUAUCAAGAAAUGGUAAAAGCCUUCUAGCGUAUGCAAACGUAGAAGGACACAUUCAACCCGGAGUUCUGUUUCUCUCUGGUUUUAUGUCAACUAUGAAUGGACAGAAAGCACUGGCUCUUGAAGAGUUUUGUCGAGAAUCUGGACAUUCUUUUGUUCGGUUUGAUUACAGUGGGGUAUCUGAUUCAAACACUGAAGGUUCUGUGCGAAACUUAAAAAGCUGGGUUGAAGACAGCAUCGACGUUUUCAACAACUUAACUUCUGGCCCACAGGUUAUAGUUGGGUCUAGCAUGGGAGCUUUUAUGAUGAUGCAUAUCGCAAAGAGAUUUCCAGAAAGAGUGGUUGGCAUGGUGGGUGUUGCACCUUCAUUUUAUUUCUUUGAUCAUGCAGAAAAAUGGCGGAAGAUCUUGAGUUCAAAUGACAAUACAGAAACACCGGAGCUUUUGGAAAUGAUAAAUAUGGACUACUUUACUGGCAUGGAUGAUUUAAACCUGUUUCAAGAUAAAGAUUCAAAACUUGAACUGCCCUGCAAUCUUCACAUCCUACAAGGCAUGAAAGAUGAUGUUGUCCCUUGGAAUGAAACACUUUCUGUGGUGCGAGAUCGUUUUUAUGACACGACAACAAUUGAUUUGACUCUGCGAAAAUGUGGGGAACACCGAAUGUCAAGACCAGAAGAUCUUUCUAUUUUGAUGAAUGUGGUUAAAAUGAUGUGUAAUAAACAAUAUCAAAAAACUGCUUCACUGUAAUGUAUUAUUCUUUAAAUAAUGUCAGUGGUCCACUGGAGUUCCCGUAUAAGUUUAAAAGGAGACCAUAUAUGUGUACUUUUAUUUAAUGCUGUAUCGUCAAACAAUAAUAUUUUUUAAAAGUAACAGUUCUUGAAAUACUUUUAUUAUAUAAUUAAUUUUAACUAUAAAUCAUCAAAAACAUAAUGCAAAAAACUAAAACUGUCUUUUAUUAAUUGAAUAUACCUUUUACAAAAAUCAAAAUUAUUGCCGCUUUUUUACAAAAAGGUUAACCCUUUUUAAAUCUGUCUUUUUUUUAGUUUUUAAUUUUUAGCACUUCGUGUGUGGAGUGUGGACAUUGUAAUAAUACUUAAAUAACCUUAAAAAACCCUGAAUAACUGUUGUAUUAUACCGUAUGGGCAACUAAACAAACGUACUAUAACACCUCAAUAUGAAAUUCUUUCUGUUGUAGGAAUAUACAUUGAAUAAAUACUUUUAAAUAUUUACAUUGUAAUAAUACUUUAACACAUUUAAAUGCCCUCAAAUAACUGUUGUAUUAUACCGUAUGUGCAACUAAAAAAAUCGCACUAUAACACCUGACUUCAAAUACAAAAUUCUUUCUGUUGUA